GUUGUAUUCGUCAGGUCUUAAAGGAGAAAAUCACAAUCUUAGUUACUCAUCAGUUGCAGUACCUAGAAGAUGCAAGUCAGAUUCUGAUACUGAAAGAAGGCAAAACAGUGAAAAGGGGAACUUACUCUGAGUUCCUGAAAUCUAGGGUAGAUAUUCUUUCCCUUUUCGACAAGGGGAAUAAGCAAUCUGAACCAUCUCCGGUUCCAGGAACUCCCACUCUGAUCUCCAAGUCUUUGGAUCAGUCUCUACAGUCUCAUAGACCCUCGUUGAAAGAUGCGGCUCCAGAAGACCAAGAUACUGAGAACAUACAGGUUACACUACCUCUAGAGGACCAAUUGGAAGGAAACGUGGAGUUUAAGACCUAUGCAAGUUACUUCACAGCUGGUGCUCCCUGGCCUGUCAUCAUCUUCCUUAUUCUGGUAAACAUCGCAGCUCAGGUUGCCUACGUCCUGCAGGAUUGGUGGCUUUUAAACUGGGCGAAUGUACAAAGUGGCCUGUAUUUAGGGACAUAUGUAGAAGAAGCUGCAGAUGUAAUGUUUGUGCUGAACUGGUUCUUAGGAGUUUAUUCAGGGUUAACUGUAUCUACCAUCCUUUUUGGCAUCACAAGGUCUCUGCUGUUAUUCUAUGUCCUUGCUAAUGCUUCACAAACUUUGCACAACAAAAUGUUGGAGAGCAUUUUGAGAGCUCCGGUAUUAUUCUUCAAUAGAAAUUCAAUAGGAAGAAUUUUAAAUCGUUUCUCCAAAGACAUUGGUCAUAUGGAUGACUUGCUGCCCCAGAUAUUUCAAGAUUUCAUCCAGACAUUUCUACUUGUGAUUGGUGUGAUGGGCAUGAUGGUGGCUGUGAUUCCUUGGGUUGCUAUACUUGUGAUUCCCUUUGGCAUCAUUUUCUUUGUUGUCCAGUGGUAUUUCUUAAGGACAUCACGAGAUGUGAAACGCCUGGAAUCUGCAGCACAGAGUCCAGUGUUUUCUCACUUAGCAUCUUCUCUCCGGGGACUCGGGACCAUCCGGGCAUACAAAGCCGAACACAAGUUUCAGAAACUGUUCGACGCACACCAGGAUUUGCGCUCAGAGGCUUGUUUCCUGCUUUUGACGAUGUCCCAACAGCUUGCUAUGUAUCUGGAUGUCAUCUGUGCCAUCUUUGUCACUAUUGUUGCCUUUGCGGCCCUGAUUCUGGCAGAUAUUUUGAAUCCUGGGGAGGUUGGCCUGAUCCUGUCUCUAAUCGUCACACUUACGGGGAUGUUCCAGUGGUGUAUCAGGCAAAGUACCGAAGUUGAGAAUAUGAUGAUUUCAGUAGAAAGGGGGAUUGAAUAUAUAGACCUUGAGAAAGAAGCACCCUGGGAACUCGAGUAUCGUCCACCACCAUCCUGGCCUCAUGAAGGAAGGAUUUACUUUACUUAUGUUAACGUCAAGUACAGCCUAGAUGGGCCUCUGAUAUUGAAGAAUCUGGACACGCUCAUUGACCCAAGAGAAAAGCGUGGCAUUGUGGGAAGAACAGGAGCUGGAAAAAGUUCCCUCAUCGUUGCUCUCUUUAGAUUGUCAGAACCUGAAGAACCUGACAUUUGGAUUGAUGGAAUCUGGACAACCAACAUUGGACUUCAUGAUUUAAGGAAGAAAAUGUCAGUUGCACCUCAGGAACCUGUUUUAUUCACUGGAAGAGUGAGGAACAAUCUGGAUCCUUUUAAUGAACAUACAGAUGAGGAACUGUGGAAUGCCUUAGAAGAG